UUCAAACAUCAUGUUGGAAUGUCAAAGUUGGUGACAUACACCAAUUUCUCUAUAAAUAGGAUAGAGAAAUCUGAUUCACUUCUUCAUUCAUAUUAGUUUAAUUUAUUACUGUAAGCAUAAUAUUCAUUUUGUCAUUUUGCCACCAAUAAUUCCCAUUUUGUCCUGCAUGGCGCUCCAUAUUUUGUGUGGAUUUUUUCUUACCACCUUUGUUUUCAUGCAAACACUGGCAGAUACUUCUUCAUCGUGCACCGAUUGCUUUGUAAAUUCAAGGGCAACAUAUUACUCCCAUUCUGAACAAAAUGGGACAGCCAACGGUGCAUGCGGCUUUGGCUCCUUUGGUGCUAUGGUGAACGGUGGCGACGUAUCUGCCGCAUCUAGUCUUUAUCGAAAUGGCGUUGGAUGUGGCGCUUGUUACCAGGUGAGGUGUACGGAGAAUGGUUAUUGCUCAGAUAACGGUGUGACAGUGGUUAUAACAGACGAAGGGUCAAGUGAUAACACUGAUUUCAUUCUCAGCCAACAUGCCUUUGAUCGUAUGGCUCAGACCACUGAUGCAGCAGCUUAUCUCUUAGCCCUUGGCGUUCUUGAUAUUCAGUAUACACGGGUUGCAUGCAAUUAUCCACACGAGAACAUAACAUUCAAGAUAGAUGAGAGUAGCAGCAACCCUAAUUACUUGGCAUUUGUGAUUUGGUAUCAACAGGGAAUUAGAAACAUAACUGUUGUCCAGCUUUGUGAGACUGAGAACUUUGAGUGCAAGCUGCUAGAUCGGAGCCAUGGUGCAGUGUGGACUAGCACCUCUCCUCCAAGUGGACCAUUGUCUAUAAGGAUGUUGUUUAGUGAUGAAGAUGAAGAAAAUGAAGAAUGGGUUGUUCCUCCUAAUAACUUACCCGCAGAUUGGAAGCCUGGUCAAAUAUAUGACUCUGGGAUACAAGUUAACUUUUAAGGAACCAAACAAUAUAACGAUUCAUUAAGUAGUUAAAGUUUUGUUUUUCCUUUUUCUCUCUUUAUAAUAAUUGGUGAGGCAUGUUGUGGAGUGUGGACAAUCAUACUAAGCAUAUCACCAAACUCGAUUUGUUAAUUAAUUCGUUUUUAUUUCUAAUAAUGAUAGUGUUGAAAGUUGAGACAUCUUCAUAGCCACUUAUUCUUUUCCAUCUUCAACUGAUUAUGAGACUGGAAUCAUAUCAUAAAUAUAAAUAACGAAUUAAUGAUCGCAAUAUAACUAAGACUAAACAGAUUAGUAUUAAUUAGUAGCUUGAGAUCAGAAUUAACCUCCACAGCCAUUGACAUUGACAAGUUGAGGGUAAAAAU